UCAGGGUUGCCCGCGGAGUUCAGCAAAGGAAAUCUUCAGUUAGCUCGGAACAAGGAGCGGGGAGAGGAAGCUUCCAGUCCCAGCGUCCACCCCAGCCUCCACCCUGGGCGGGCCAAAGUGUCACGUUUGCAGUUGCUCAGGAAGUAUCCCACUGGUCUCCGGAGGCAGGCUGGGCUGCCUGUCUGGGGAGGCAAUGCCUUGGGGGCAUGCUGCUUGCUAGGCAGAACCCUUCCAGGAUCGGACUGCAUUAGUUAGGUCUCUGUGUCACCUGAAGCAAUUGCCGGCUGCCUGCUUCCGGUGGAGACCAGCCAGUUCUACCCAGGAAUCUCAAAGGAACAGCCCUCGCCAUCAGAACCAUGGGGCAUCCCCCGCUUGAGUUCAGCGACUGCUACCUGGACAGUCCCGAUUUCCGCGAGAGGCUCAAGUGUUAUGAGCAGGAGCUGGAGAGAACCAAUAAAUUCAUUAAGGACGUGAUCAAAGAUGGCAACGCGCUUAUCGGCGCAAUGAGAAAUUAUUCUUCAGCUGUUCAGAAAUUUUCUCAGACACUUCAGUCCUUCCAGUUUGAUUUUAUUGGAGACACUCUGACUGAUGAUGAGAUUAACAUUGCUGAAUCCUUCAAGGAAUUUGCCGAAUUGCUCAACGAAGUAGAAAAUGAGAGGAUGAUGAUGGUACACAAUGCUAGUGAUUUGCUGAUUAAACCCCUGGAAAAUUUUCGGAAGGAGCAAAUAGGCUUCACCAAGGAGCGGAAAAAAAAAUUUGAAAAGGAUGGUGAGCGGUUUUAUUCCUUGCUGGAACGGCACUUACAUCUAUCUUCCAAAAAGAAAGAAUCUCAGUUACAAGAGGCAGACCUCCAGGUGGACAAGGAGAGGCAGAAUUUCUUUGAGUCUUCCCUUGAUUAUGUUUAUCAAAUCCAGGAAGUUCAGGAGUCCAAGAAGUUCAACAUUGUGGAGCCAGUUUUGGCCUUUCUUCAUAGUCUCUUCAUUUCCAACAACUUAACUGUGGAGCUCACGCAGGAUUUCCUCCCAUACAAACAGCAGCUCCAGCUCAGUUUGCAGAAUACAAGAAAUCAUUUCUCCAGUACCCGAGAAGAGAUGGAAGAACUUAAGAAAAGGAUGAAAGAAGCUCCCCAGACAUGCAAACUUCCAGGACAGCCUACCAUUGAAGGCUAUCUCUAUACACAAGAGAAAUGGGCUUUGGGAAUAUCCUGGGUGAAAUAUUACUGCCAGUAUGAGAAGGAGACCAAAAUGCUCACCAUGACACCUAUGGAGCAGAAGCCAGGUGCUAAACAGGGGCCUUUGGACUUAACCCUGAAGUACUGCGUGAGGAGGAAGACAGAGUCUAUCGACAAAAGGUUCUGUUUUGAUAUAGAAACUAAUGAAAGGCCAGGAACCAUCACUUUGCAGGCCCUUUCAGAAGCUAACAGAAGGCUAUGGAUGGAAGCCAUGGAUGGAAAAGAACCUAUCUACCACAGCCCCAUAACAAAACAGGAAGAAAUGGAGCUGAAUGAAUUGGGGUUCAAGUUUGUUAGGAAGUGCAUCAAUGUCAUUGAGACCAAAGGGAUCAAGACAGAAGGAUUGUACCGUACUGUGGGCAGCAACAUUCAGGUUCAGAAGCUGCUGAAUGCCUUUUUUGAUCCUAAAUGCCCAGGAGACGUUGAUUUUCAUAGUAGUGACUGGGACAUUAAGACAAUCACCAGCUCUUUGAAAUUCUACCUCAGGAAUCUUUCUGAACCUGUCAUGACCUAUAGACUUCACAAAGAGCUGGUCUCUGCUGCCAAGUCUGACAACCUGGAUUACCGGCUGGGAGCUAUUCAUUCCCUGGUAUAUAAGCUGCCUGAAAAGAAUCGAGAGAUGCUGGAACUUCUUAUAAGACACUUGGUCAAUGUAUGUGAGCACAGCAAAGAGAAUCUUAUGACCCCCUCCAACAUGGGUGUUAUCUUUGGGCCCACUCUGAUGAGAGCUCAGGAGGACACUGUUGCUGCCAUGAUGAACAUCAAAUUCCAGAACAUUGUGGUGGAAAUUCUAAUCGAGCACUUCAUCAAGAUCUAUUCAGGUCCACCUGAAGAAAGUUCUACACCCCCAGUGCCUCCACCUCGAGUGACAGCAAGAAGGCAUAAACCAAUCACAAUUUCAAAACGCUUGCUGCGAGAAAGAACAGUUUUUUAUACUUCUUCCCUGGAUGAACGUGAAGAUGAAAUCCAACAUCAAACACCCAAUGGUAUUAUCACCAGCAGUAUAGAACCCCCGAGGCUACCACAAUACCCCAAAUUGCCUAUUCAGAGGAGUGGGGAAGCUGACACUGGGAGGAAGUCUCCAAGCAACUGGCCUGUUUCAGAUGGCAAGUUGGAGUCCUGUCCUGAAGUGGAUGUGGGGAAGCUGGUGUCUAGACUGCAGGAUGGUGGGACCAAGGCCAUACCAAAGUCCACCAAUGGACCUGUGCCAGGCUCUGGGCCCACAAAAGUCCCCUCUUUCCACAUAAAGAGACCAGCUCCUCGGCCCCUGGCUCACCACAAGGAGGGAGACUCUGACAGUUGCAGCAAAGUGCGGCCUCCAGGAGAAAAGCCUACCAUUGUUCGUCCCCCAGUGAGGCCUCCAGAUCCUCCGUGCCGGGCAGCUACUCCCCAAAAGCCAGAACCAAAGCCAGAUAUUGUGGUUAGCAAUGCAGGGGAAAUCCCAUCAUCUGUGGUGGCUUCCAGGACCAAGUUUUUUGAAACAGCUUCCCGAAAAACAGGAAGGUUUUACAAUCCUUGGCCUCAGAGGACCCUUCACAGGUUCUGGAAAGGUCUUCUUCAAACUCUUCUGUGCUGAGUCAUUUUGUGCUGAAGAGAGCACCUCCUUCUUGGCCCUGCAACUUCAGGCUCUAGGAUGCUAUAAAAUAAGGGGCACAUAUCUUAGACACAGAUUUAUUUCUCUUAUGUAUUCUGUCUUUGUUCCCUCUGAAGGUCUAUAUUGAGCUCCUAUAUGAUUGUGAAUGGCUAAAGUCCCUCAAGCCAGACUGUAGAAACCAAGCUAUCUACUAACCUGAGUCGAAGAAAGGAGCUUAGUUUUCAACUCUUCUCUGAAUUUCCUGUCUCCUCAAAAGACCAUCAAACUCUGAAAUAUUGGGACUAAAGACCGAUCUCAGAAUUCUUGCCCUGAAUUAAAAGCUACUUGAGUUGGGGCCAUUGCUUGCCUUGGAAGUAGAAGUGUAGGAAUGUUUGUCAAACAUUGGUGAAUCUUAACAUGUCUCUUACUGAAGAUAAUGACCCUGGCACCAGGUUGGAGCUCUGGCACUGCAGUAUAUUUCCAAGAACUGUCUGCUCCUUUUGGGUCAGACAGUAUGUGUGAUACCAACCACAACUUCUUCAUGUGAACUCAGGAUGGCGGCCUUUCUGUUUUUGCAUACAACCACUUAGGACAAAUCCGCAAAGGAUAUUUUGCAUGUUGAAACCUAGGUCUGUUUGGAUUAUUUUUCUUCCCAUUUUUUCCCCAACAGCUUAAUUUCUAAGAAAUCAAGAAAGAAGCAAAAGCUGAGAACAGUUCUUUUAAAAAGACAGACAAUAUUUGUCCUGCAGAAGUUCCAUUUUUGGGUCAAAUACUGGGAAAAAUAGUUAAGAUGGAUUGAGGCCAGGCAGCUGGCAUGUUGCUUCAUAUUUGCCUUCUGCAGAUAAGCUCUUUCAUCUCCUCCAAGAAGCAACCCCUGGCCCAGUGUCAGUGGAUUCAGAAACUCCAUGAAGUUUCUGAAAUGGUAUGCAGAAUUCCAUGACAAUGUGCCUUUUCUGGGGAGAUGGUCCAUAACAUUCUACUGAUUUUCAGAUGGGCCUGUGACCCAAUAAAGGUUAAGAACCACAGCACUUGAGAUAAAAGACUUUUUACAAUACAUAAAGUAUUUUAUUGGAAGGGCCUUCCAAAAUUAUUUAGUCCAAGUAUCUAGUUUACUAUUGAAGAAACGGGCAGAGAAAAUUAUCAGCCAUGCCUAAACAAGUCCUUAGGUCCCUGGGCUCCUGUACAAGUUUCUUUCCAUUAUACGAUACUUGUCUAAUGAGGAGCUUAUGAUUGGUGGCUUUAGUGGUCAUCAUUUUGAGUGUUUUUGGCUUUUACCCUCUAUCUUGAGCCUCCCAUAUUCGUUAUCAAGUGGAAAGCUUUCAGGCAUAAGCUCCUGGUGUUCCAUUUGCCUUUUCAAUCAUUGGAAAGCAACUAAAACACAACUGGUGCAGUGACUCAGAAAUCUGAGUAGAUAUUUCUGAUUUCUUGUUUAUUGAUAGGAAGCUGCUGGGGAAAGUGUCACUGCGUGUGUUCCCAUGUUCUCUGGGCCAUAAUCCGUCUUUGGAGUCUGUGAAAUUAUAAUAUGGCCAAGUAUGAGAAAAAGAGCUUUUCUACUUGGACCCUUCUAGCAAGACCCUGACUAUGGAACUGAGAGAGAAGCAUAGAGAUGGGUGGAGGGAGGAGAAGGAGAGAAGAAAGGAGAGGGAGCCGGAGGAAGGGGAAGAGAGAGAAUACACACAUGCCCAAACCAACUCUGAGAUGCCUUUGAAGCAGUGUUACUAAAAAAUGAUAGCCACUUUUAAGACUGAACUCAGUAUCACCCAUUGGUGAAUUAGUAACAUGUAGGCCUUUGUGGAAGUAAUUGAGUGGAAACUUGAUGCUGUUCCCAAUAAAGACAUGCCCAGGUGGCCAUGUAAAACUCUCUCAGCUCUACCUGGUGUCAGAGUCCAAGUUAAUAAGAACCAGGAGCAA